AUGGCCAAGCGCCUUAUCAACCACUCAGCUCUCUUCCACUGCCAUCCCGCCGCUCCGGUGACGAGGGGCGUUGCGUCGAUGGAGGUCUUCUCAUUCCGGGCCACUGCCUGCCACAAGGCCAGCGUGCGCCAUUUCUCGAAGUCAUGGAGACAAUACAGCAAAGACAACAGCAGCGAAAAUAAAACCAAGGGAGGCUUUGGGUCACGGCUUCGUUUCGCUCUGCGGAACACUAAGGUGGAAUGGUACCCAAUUCCUGUCGGACUCGGCAUUGGUCUUCUAGGCGUUCUCCAUUUCUACAAGUCGCAACGUGCCGAGCGUGAUCGUAUCGCCCAAGAAGAAUCUGGAGGGGAGUGGGAAAAUGGUGCGCGACCGCCACGUCGACCGCGCAUCGUACCCACGGGCUCGUGGCAAGUCCAGAUCAUGUCCACGCUGCCCCUGAAGGCCAUGUCGCGCCUAUGGGGUCGCUUCAACGAGAUUGAACUUCCUUACUACUUACGGGUGCCCGGUUUCAAACUUUACUCUUGGGUCUUUGGCGUCAACCUGAGCGAGGUUGCGGAGCCUGACCUACACACCUACCCCAAUUUGGCAGCCUUCUUCUAUCGCAAGCUGAAACCCGGCGUUCGGCCACUCGACCCCGACGUACAUGCUCUCAUCUCGCCCUCGGAUGGCCGUAUUCUACAAUUCGGAAUGAUCGAGCGGGGUGAGGUGGAACAGGUCAAAGGUUCGACAUACAGUCUGGAAGCUCUUCUGGGCUCUGCCACCCCCUCGCACGCCGACCACAGCAACCGACUAAUCGAUUCGAAAACGCAUGAGACUGUGCAAGACGACGAGAAUAUGAAGUCGGAUGAAGAAUUUGCUCGUGUCAACGGGAUCUCAUACACCCUUCCCUCGCUGUUGUCAGGUGACACCGCCCCCAAGAGACGAUUCUCGAUGGAUGCUUCUACCGCCUCCAAAGCAACGUCCGAAAUGCAGGUCCAAGAGGAGCUGGCCCUUGGAGAGGGUACUCCGUGGUAUGCGCCCAAGACCGCUGCCAACCAUGCCCUAUUCUACUGUGUGAUUUACCUGGCUCCGGGUGAUUACCACCGAUUCCAUUCGCCGGCCCCAUGGGUCGUUGAAAGUCGCCGUCACUUUGCGGGUGAAUUGUAUUCUGUCUCUCCUUACCUGCAGCGCCAUCUGCCCGGUCUGUUCACUCUCAACGAGCGUGUGGCACUUCUUGGCCGCUGGCGCUGGGGCUUCUUCAGUUACACGCCGGUUGGCGCGACCAACGUGGGCUCGAUCAAAAUCAACUUUGAUUCGGAGCUUCGCACAAACAGCCUACUGACCGAUACAGCGGCAGAUUUGGCGGCAGCCUUGGCUGCUAAGCGAGGAGAGCGGGACCCCGGGUUUGCUGAGGCUACCUACCGCCACGCGAGUCGCACACUGGGAGGACAUCCUUUGCAACGUGGCGAGGAGAUGGGUGGAUUCCAGCUGGGUAGUACGAUUGUGCUUGUAUUUGAAGCGCCUCUCGGCUCUCGCAAAUCCUUUGAUGCAGGUUGGCCGGAGGAUCAGAGACCAGAUGGGUGGACAUGGAGUGUUGAAAAGGGCCAGCGCAUCAAAAUGGGAGAAAAGCUCGGGUUUGUGGGCGGAGUAUAG